CAUCGAAACCGCUGCAAAACAUUAGUCAAAACAAACUUUUUGGUGUCCUGGUAGCUAUAUGAGAUUGAAGGCGUAUAAUGUUUUUUCCGCCACUGAUCACCUAGGUAGGACCUGCUGUGGAACGGAUCACAAGUUGUUCUUCGUCCUGCUUUAUACCUAGGAAAUUCGUACCCCUCCCUGCGGAUGCCUUCUACUCGCCUCCCCGGGUCCGUGUGUAAUAUUGCUUGUCUCCUUUAGACUGCAUUGAAAUCCACAUAUAUGGGCAUGUGAAGUACACUACCGUCCUAGAUCCGGGGUUAGAUCUAAACGACUUCCCCAAGUGCUUAAUUAUUAAAAGAACGCCCAAGUAAGCUUUCUUUGGAAUUUCAAGAGAAAUUCUUCUUACUGAUGCGUCAGGGAUAUGGAAGCUUAUACGUCCACCAAUAGUCUAUAGAGCCUCGAAGGCUUAUAUGACUAUUGUUGUUACUUUCAUUAUAUCGAUUGUUUUGAUUGAAUAUCAUUGAAAUACAUCUAAUUCGCAUCGGCCGAUAUUCGUAGUAACAUUCACUGACAACGGUUUUGGAUUGAUGAUAAAGGAGGAAACGACAACAAGAUGGCGACGAACAGCGAUGGAAUACCGUUGGCCUACUACGAGGCGCCGUACAGUCUCCUAUCCAUGGACAACCAAACCUACAGCGGACUUCUAGUCAUAGGGACCCUCGCUGCUAUCUCGCUGCUCUUUACAAGUGCUCUUCUCAGUUUCAUAACAUGGCGUAUGGUCAAUUGGAAAUCCCACUAUAGCAGUCCCGUCAGUCGAAACCAGUCGAUCGUUCUCAUCUACCAGCUCAUUCUCGCCGAUCUCAUACAAGCACUCGGGUUUUUGAUAUCAUUUCACUGGGCAGCGGAGCGUAAAAUCACCGGGCCGAACAGUUCGUGCUUUGCACAGGGAUGGCUGAUUCAACUUGGGGAUGUCGGCAGCUCCUUUUUCGUCCUCGCGAUCGCGGUCCACACGACAUACCAGGUCAUUCUCUCGAGAAGUCUAUCUUAUGGGGCCUUCGUUUCUUGUGUGCUCGGUGUUUGGGGACUAUCCGUCGGCCUUACGUCCCUCGCGCCGAUCAUCGGCGGACGUUUUGUGUUCAUGAGAGCUGGAGUCUGGUGCUGGAUACAAUCAGAUAGAGAAGGACUGCGUCUUUCUCUUCACUAUAUUUGGAUUUUCAUCGUCGAAUUCGGCUCCAUUCUAGUCUAUGCUGUCUGUUUCUUUUACCUGUAUCGCCUCAGACGCAGAGAAGCUCUGAUGUCAGGUCGAAACGUCGAGAGCCUGCGAAGGGCCCGAGCCGCUAUGUUGGCGUACGCAAUAAUAUACACUCUCUUGAGUCUACCUUUAGCCGCUGGAAGAAUGGCUAGUAUGUCGAAUAAUACGCCGUCCGAUGGAUAUUAUCUAUUCGCUGGUGGUCUUUUCACCUGCUCCGGUUGGGUGGAUACCGUGCUUUAUACUAUAACACGACGAGCGCUACUCUUCGACGAAUUAAACGUUUAUGGACGCCGACCUGGAGCAAAGGUGGGCAACGGCACGCGUCACGCCAAGGACGCCGGCUUCCAAAGGCAGAACAGUACGGAGUCUAUUCUAGCUAGUCACGGCUUCGGGAGUAUUGGGGGGAUCAAGUUGGAGAGAACCGUGAAAGUCGAGCUCGCUGAUGUGGAAAGCGGCACCAGCGGAUCAGGGAAUGGAGGGCAAGAAUACUAUGCCACAGCAACGGCAGAGGUCAUGAAAUCCUAAGAUGGAAAUAAAUUAUUGUUAGCGUUAUGUAGACAAUAGAUCGCAGAUCUGAUUCUACAGCUAGGAUCUCGAAUCUAGCGGGGACUAACCUUGGUCAUGAUAGAUUUCUUCAGUUCCUAGCGUAUUGCACUUAGCUUCCGCUAUAUCGCCAUAUUCAUGUUUUUAUGGCCUCUUAUUUGUUUGACAUAUUGUUACCUACCAUAGCGGGAAAAUACGUAGCCUAAUAAUGAUUUGAAAGUUAAAUAA